UCGUCUGGCCCUCAGGAAGCAAAUGGAAAGAUCCGGUGCGCAGGUCUCAAAGAUUCGGUUGACGGGGUUUGGAGGCAUCCAGAAUCGAAGGGAGAGGGGUGAAGGACACAAACCGCACAACUGAAGAGCUCCAUACGAUCUGUUCCAUCCUUAUUGCCUGCAAUAAUGCCCGUCACAAAUGUUUUGGUAACAGGAGCCAAUGCUGGCCUUGGCAAGGAAUGCUGUCGUCAGCUUGCACUCCUUGAUGGCAUUGAAAAAGUAUACUUGGGAUGUCGCAAUGAAGAGAAAGCCAAAGCUGCCAAAGCAAGCUUGGAAGAAUCAACAGGAAAAAUGGGUGUGUUUGAAAUUGUCCUUAUGGAUGUUUCCAAGUUGGACAGUGUCAGAGAGGCCAUCCAAAUGUUCAAGAAAGAUUCGGUUAUUCUGGAUGGCAUUGUUCUGAAUGCUGGUGGCGGCGGAACAAAUCCAAUGGGAAUGGCAGCAGGAAUUGGUGUUACUAAUAUCUUUGCCUUGAAUGUCCUUGGGCAUGCCCUUUUCAUUGAUCUUGCUAUCCAGGAGAAGAUUUUCACAGCUGGCUCUGUGGUAUAUUCUGGAUCGGAAGGUGCUCGUGGCAUUCCAAGUUUUGGAGGUGUCAAACCAGUGCUUAAUAAUGGAGCAGUAGAAGAGUUCGUGUCAAUUGCAGAUGGGUCUAUGGAAGGUCUGAAUGACAAUAAUGUCUAUGCUUAUGCCAAAUGCACUGCUGCUUUGUGGAUUGGAUCCCUAGCUCGCAAACACCCCUAUCCCGAGAGCAAAAUGAGGUUCGUUACCAUGAGCCCGGGGGGUACAAAAAGCACAAAUGUAUUCGACCCCUUGCCCAUUCCAAUGCGGUGGAUUUUAAAAACCACGUUUCAAGUGAUGUCGCUAUUGGGGAAGGUCCAUGGUCUGGAAACUGGUGCCAAGCGAUACAUGGAUGCUCUGACUGAGGACGGAAAUGCUACAUACAAAAGUGGUGUGUUUUAUGCCUCAACAGAUGAGAAUUCUAUCACCGGGCCAACUGGAGACCAAUCCAUCAUCUGGGAUGUGUUUGCCAAUGAAAUUUACCAAGACAAUGCCUACACAGCAAUUGACAAACUUCUCAAGUAGACUAGUACAAGUGUAUCUUUCAUAAAGUCAUCUUCUACAGCAAGCAAAACUCAAAAUCAUUGCUAAGGGUACUAGUCUAUGUCUGUGCCGGCUGCGUAG